AUGCCUCUGUUGGCUUCAACCUCAAUCGCCGCUGCGGCGCAUGCGUUACCAGUCACGUUAGCUUUGUCAGGUAUCUUUGGCAGUAUCAGUUUGACUUCUUGGAUAUGUCUUUUGCUACCCCAAUUGUUCGCCAACUACAAGGCCAAGAGUGCUGAUGGCCUCAGCAUGGCCUUCCUCAUCGUCUGGCUCCUGGGCGACGUCACAAAUCUCAUCGGAGCCAUGUUCACUCGCCUAGCUCCCACCGCCGUUGCCCUGGCAGGUUAUUUCUGUCUUGCCGAUAUUGUCCUCAUUGGCCAAGCCGUUUACUACAACGCCCUCAAUGCCCGUCGAACCAGUCGUCCUGAGGAAGCAAGACCAGUUGACCCUUCAGAGGAAUCGCCUCUCAUCAACCGAUCGCGCCGACGAAGCUCUUCUUUUGGCCUCCCAGGGUCUCAGCGCCGCCAUGCGACACAUACCGAGUCCUCAAUGGAGCCAUUGAGGAAGAUCGUGACCGGCGAAGACGAAACACCCGAUAGCAGCCCUUGGGUCCACAACACUCUGAGCCUGCUCGCUGUAUACGUCAUUGGGUUUGCUGGCUGGUUUGUCUCAUACAAGGUCGGCGCCUGGGAGAGUGGUGACCCCGGUACCCCCGAUGCGCCUGAAGAUGCACAGACUCCAAUUGAGCUUGCAGGACUCGUCCUGGGAUACAUCAGUGCAGCUCUUUAUCUCUGUGCCCGAAUUCCCCAGAUCAUCAAGAACCACCGAGAAAAGUCUUGCGAAGGUCUUGCAUUGCUUUUCUUCAUGCUAUCUAUGAGCGGAAACCUCACAUACGGUAUCAGCCUGGUUGCCUACUCCCAAGACAAGAAGUAUCUACUCAACGCGCUUCCCUGGCUACUUGGUUCUCUGGGUACCAUUGCGGAGGAUCUCAUCAUCUUCGCGCAGUUUCGAAUCUACUCCAACGUUGACCGAGAAAGUGCCGUUGAGCCCUAG